GCCUGGCUGAGAAGAAGAGGCGUCACGAUGGAGUCCGCUGGUGGCUAACCUGACAGACCUUGCUAUCAGCUGAAUAAAGUUUGAUCCGCUCAUGAUUCUUCAGGGGAGAGCUUGUCGGAAGAUUCAGGCCCGUUAAUGACAGCUAGAUAGCUAACUAGCUAACUAGCUAACUCUGCAGCGGAGCUUUAGGUAGCAAGUCACCAUGGCGACGGACAUCGGCUCUCCGCAGCGCUUCUUCCACAUGCCGCGGUUCCAGCACCAGGCGCCACGGCAGGUGUUCUACAAGCGCCCGGACUUCGCCCAGCAGCAGGCCAUGCAGCAGCUCACCUUCGACGGGAAACGCAUGAGGAAGGCUGUGAACCGCAAAACCAUCGACUACAACCCCACAGUCAUCAGAUACCUGGAGAACCGUCUGUGGCAGAGAGACCACCGAGACCUGAGAGCCAUCCAGCCGGACGCAGGAUGUUACAACGACCUGGUUCCUCCCUUGGGCAUGGUGAACAACCCGAUGAACGCCGUCACCACAAAGUUCGUCCGAACCUCCACCAACAAAGUCAAGUGUCCGGUGUUCGUGAUCAGGUGGACUCCUGAAGGCCGCCGCCUGGUCACCGGAGCGUCGAGUGGAGAGUUCACUCUGUGGAACGGCCUCACCUUCAACUUUGAGACCAUCCUACAGGCUCAUGAUAGCCCGGUUCGAGCCAUGACCUGGUCUCACAACGACAUGUGGAUGCUGACGGCGGACCACGGCGGCUACGUGAAGUACUGGCAGUCCAACAUGAACAACGUGAAGAUGUUCCAGGCUCACAAGGAGGCCAUUAGAGAAGCCAGUUUCUCUCCCACAGAUAAUAAGUUCGCCACGUGCUCAGACGACGGGACCGUCCGGAUCUGGGACUUCCUGCGCUGCCAUGAGGAGAGGAUCCUCCGAGGUCACGGUGCAGAUGUGAAGUGUGUGGACUGGCACCCCACUAAAGGCCUGGUGGUCUCUGGCAGCAAAGACAGCCAGCAGCCAAUCAAGUUCUGGGACCCAAAGACCGGGCAGAGUCUGGCUACACUCCACGCCCACAAGAACACGGUGAUGGAGGUGAAGUGGAACCUGAACGGUAACUGGCUGCUGACGGCGUCACGUGACCACCUGUGUAAGCUGUUCGACAUCAGGAACCUGAAGGAGGAGCUCCAGGUGUUCAGAGGACACAAGAAGGAGGCCACAGCGGUGGCGUGGCAUCCCGUCCAUGAGGGUCUGUUUGCGAGCGGCGGCUCUGACGGCUCCCUGCUCUUCUGGCACACGGGGGUGGAGAAGGAGGUGGGAGGGAUGGAGAUGGCCCAUGAGGGGAUGAUCUGGAGCCUGGCCUGGCACCCGCUGGGUCACAUCCUGUGCUCGGGCUCCAACGACCACACCAGUAAGUUCUGGACCAGGAACCGGCCCGGCGAUAAGAUGAGAGACCGUUAUAACCUGAACCUGCUGCCCGGGAUGUCAGAGGAUGGCGUGGAGUACGAUGAUCUGGACCUGAACAGCGUGGCCUCCAUCCCCGGGAUGGGGAUCCCCGAGCAGCUGAAGGCCGCCAUGGAGCUGGAGCAGAGCAAUAAGGAGGCGGCCCCCGAGGUGGAAAUGUCGAUCCCGGGUCUGGACUGGGGCAUGGAUGAGGUCAUGGGGAAAGACACCAAGAAGGUCCCUCAGAAGAAAGUCCCGUACGCUAAACCCAUCCCAGCACAGUUCCAGCAGGCCUGGGCGGAGAACAAAGUCCCCAUGAUGCCCCCGGGUGGAGAACUGUCCAAAGAGCGGAAGGUGGAGCAGAAAGCGGACUCCAAGAAGAAGACUCAGGCGGAGAUGGAGCAGGAGAUGGCAGCUCUGCAGUACACCAACCCCAUGCUGCUGGAGAAAAUGAAGAUGGACCGGAUGAGCACAGACGGGAACAUGGGCCCCCCGCAGGGGCAGGGCCCGAUGCCACCCUUCCCCGGCCCUGGAGGCCCCGGGGGCCCGAUGCCUCCCGGUCAGCAGGGCUUCCCCCCAAACAUGCCUCCUCAGCAGAUGCCCAACAACAUGGGGCCCCCCAUGGGCCCAGGAGGCAUGCAGCCUCCUUUCAUGCCUCCUGGACAGAUGGGGCCUCCCUCUGGACCCCAGACUCACCAAGGGCCCCCUCAGGGAAUGAUGGGUCCACCGGACAUGCAAGGACCCCAAGGUAUGCAGAGACAUUCAGGGCCUCCCAGAAACAUGGGUCCCCAAGGGCCACAUGGAAUGGGACCCAGAGGGAUGCAGGGGCCUCCUGGUGGGAUGAUGGGACCACCGCCUCGGGGAAUGGGUCCAAGAGAUCCUCAGGGGCCUCCCCCUCAGGGGGGCAUGAUGCCACCUCAGGGGAAUAUGAUGGGCCCGCAGGGUCCUAUGCAGGGGGGGAUGAUGGGGCCCCCGCCCAGGACUCAUGGAAACAAUUACGGCAUGGGCAACAUGCAGGGGCCCCCAGGAGGGAUGCAUGGGCCUCCAGGAAACAUGCAGGGGCCCCCAGGCAACAUGCAAGGACCCCAUGGGAACAUGCAGGGGCCCCCAGGUAACAUGCAAGGACCCCAUGGGAACAUGCAGGGGCCCCAAGGCAACAUGCAAGGACCACAUGGGAACUUGCAAGGGCCCCAAGGGAACAUGCAAGGGCCCCCAUACAUGCAGCACCAGGGUCAGAACUCGGGGCCCAUGAUGGGCCACGGGAUGGGCCAGCAGGGGCCCAACAGCAAAGGAGACCCUCGGGGGCCGCCACCCAACCACCACAUGGGCCCUCCAGAGAGACAGGGUCCUGGAGGUCCUGGGGGGCCCGACCAAGGCUCAGGUACUUACUGGGGUGACAACCAGCAGGGUCGACGUGGACCCCAGGACUUUGAUGGAGGCCAGGACUUCCAUGGCAGAGGAGAGGAGGGCUGGAGAACUGGACCAGGCUACCAGGGAGGAGGAGGAGCAGGGGGGGGAGGCCACAGAGGGGGCGGACACAGAGGAGGGGGGGGGAAUGGAGGGAACUGGGGUUCUGAUGAGAGGUUCAGCGGAGGAGACUUCAGAGGUCGGAGAGACGACAGAUUCAGGGGGGGAGGCUCCAGCCGGCCCGGGGGCCGAGGUUACACCGAGGAGUACGGGGGCCAGGAGGAGGGCUACGACGGCUCGGAGGAGAUGGGUCGCAGCUGGGAGAGCGGAGGGAGAGGGAGGCCCCCCCCUCGAGGAGGAGGUCCACCCAGAGGAGGAGGUCAUGACGGUUAUCGGGAUGGUCAACAGAUGCAUGAUGGGUCUUCUCCGGCUGGUCGAGAGCGGUCCUCCUCCCUACAGGGAAUGGACAUGGCGUCUCUGCCCCCACGAAAGCGUCCAUGGCAGGAUGGCCCGGGAACUGGAGACCCCCGUGAGCACGAGUCCCCGGGCGCUGACGGAGGUCGCCCCCCUCAGGACGGAGGUUAUGGUCCACCUAGUCGAGGUGGACGAGGCGGCUGGGGUCCUGGAGGACCUGGACCUGGACAAGGACCGGCAAUUCGGAGAGGAGGACCAGCACCCAGAGGACCACCAAGGGGGGGAGGUCGGGGUCGGUAGUCCUGGAGAAAACUGACCCACAAUGAUCCCCUUCUUCUCUGGUGGUCUCAUCUCUGCUGGUACUCCCACAGCCUGAGACUGAGUCCAGACCCUGAUCCUUCAGACGAACUUGAGGUCACAUGACACACUUGGACCUGUGCUGCUGAGAAAGACGCUGGUUCCUGAUUGGUCCACACUGACGGUGCAGUCUGAGGAGCUCAGACGGCUUUUAAUGUAUCAUAUGUAGAGAAUCUGUCUUUGUAUCGAGUCUCUUUGAUUUCACGUGAACUUCGUCUUCAGGUCGUCGCUUUGGUUCCUUUUGUAAAGAUUUCUAUGUUUGUGUUUUCACCGAGGUGGACAAUAAAGAUUCACACUUCAGCUA